AUGAGUAUGCGCGUGACGUGGGCCAGGUGGUGUUGGAUAGUUAUCUUCACCACGUGCACCGCGAGGACUGCCAGCGACUGGCUCGACUGCGCUCACAUCACCACGUGUCGGUGCAAGUGGUCCUCGGGCAAGAAAACCGCCACGUGCGCCUCUGGUGACCUACGCCGCCCGCCCACACUGUCCUCCGACAUACAAGUGCUGGAUCUCCACGACAACCCACUCAGAAAUCUCCCCCAAGAAGUAUUCUUCAAUAUCGGCCUACUCAACUUACAACGACUAAAUUUACGUGCGACCAAACUUCGCUCCAUACACGCGGACGCGUUUUUACAAUUAAGAAUUCUUAUUGAGGUCGAUCUGGCUGAUAACGAUCUCGCCAUACUCCCCAGAGAUAUUUUUAGAGGUAACGAGAGAUUGAGGUUGGUUGUUCUCAGUAAUAAUCCGUUAACGAUAUUACUUGCCGAUCAAUUCCCACCGUUGCCGCAUCUACGCAUGCUGUUGUUGGAUGGAUGCCGAUUGAGAACGAUACACACAAAUGCGCUACGGAAUUUGAAAUCACUUGAAACUAUAGAUUUGAGAAGAAAUCAACUGACCUACUUGAGAUUGAUAACCUUUUCAUUACCAGCCCUGAAGACUAUGUCUCUAUCGGGAAAUCCAUGGAGGUGUGACUGUAGAUUAAGAGAAUUUAAAGAUUGGUUUUUAGAAAGUAAAUUAGGUACGGAAGAAUUAGUUUGCGUGGAGCCGUCCACGCAGUCUGGGAACAAAUGGCGUCACGUAUCUAGCGAAGUAAUGACGUGUCCGCCUGAAGUAAAAUCAAGUACGUUAGUCAUAAGGGCAGAAGUUGGCGUUGCGGCAACGUUUGGAUGUUGGGUGCACGGUAUACCGAAGCCAAAAGUAACGUGGUUGUUUGAUGGUGUAGAUUUAAAUAAUAGCAGUGUCGAUUGCGACAUGGAAGAAACUGAUUCUAUAUUAGAAGACGACAAUAUAGAGGAAAGGGUGCCCGGUAGUGUUAGGUGGGUGAAUAUCACUUUAUUUAAUGUAACCGCAAGUGCUGCUGGGGAGUGGACUUGUGUGGCCAAGAGCGUAGCAGGGGAAUCCCGAGCCGUGAUUAGUUUAGUCUUGCCAAGGUCCCAAACUGCCACUGCUCGAACGGCACCAGGCAUUCCUCAAUUACUGGGCGUAGUCUUUGGUGCAUUAGGCGCAUUAGCAGCCCUGGGUUUUAUAGCUGCAGUCGGAUGCUGGCACUUGAGAAAAAGAAGUGUACCACCGAGUAGAAGUUUUAUGGAUCAAGAGAAACGGUUGAUAGAUGCGUCUGUGGUUGUCAGUUGUGACCGUUCCAUCGCUGAUAUGGCAUCUCCUUGUAACUUUGAGUUGACAGAACGGUCUUUAUCCGUGGACGAACAGCCUAGAGGUUGCGCUUUUGAUCCCGUUCAUAUAACUAUAGAAGGCACUCCCGGUGCAUUUCCCCCUCCUCCAGCAGAGUUUGCAGUACCUGUGCCGUAUGGGAAUAUUUUUAUAUCAGUGCAAGUCGCAGGUAGAGGAGAACCGGUAAAGUAUCCAGACUUACUAAGCGGUGGCGCAACGUUACCGAGACGAACUAGAACAUGUUGUGGAGCUCCCUACGAUAACAUGGGUCCCAGAGUCACAGCGACCGGGAGUUCGACUUGGUCACUGCCCGGAGCGACCGCCGAAGAACCAUCCGAGACCCCAGUGCUCACCCUCCCGCCUCCGCCGCCCGAGUUCGUCUCCCUUUAG